GAUUCAUCCGCGGGUCACUUUCAAAGGACUUUAAUUGAAUAGAGAAACAUCUAGGCCUCUUGAUAAUGUCGAGUGGAUUCAUUUAAAACGCAAAUCGCUUUUUAUUUGAUUUGAUUAUAAAAUGUAUUUAAUUAUUUAAGCUCGUCAAGGAUUUCAGAAACUGCGAUGUAACAAAAAUAAGUUAAAAACGGAACCCAUAUUGACGGCAAGUUUUUUUCCUGCAAUAUUCAUAAGGGUGACGCUGGAAAAUGUUACUGAACGUUAGGUGUGAAUUGUGAAGAUGCAAAAGUGCACCUGGAUUGAUGACUAUAGGCUUAAGUAGCUCUCCAGGGUGCUGAAGUUGAGUCUCAACGCCACUGACGAGCCUCAUCAAACUCUUGUUUGUGAGCUGAGAUCUACUCAACAUUUGUUUAUGCCCACUUCGCGACUUAUGCUGGAUAUAAAUCUACAUUAUAAAAGAAAACACUGGAGGAAAGAGGUACAACUUUUUGAAAAUGUUUUCCUGCACCAAGAGGCCCAUAUAAAUAAUGGUGUCUCUUUGUAAUAUCCAUCUCUGAUAACGUCUUCUGACGGAGCACAAUGCAACAUAUUCACCUCCCUUUCGGAGGUGUUUUAUUGGAGUUAUCCAGUUACCCCUGCUGUCCCAUUCUCAGGAACAGACACAGUCUCUCUACACUCCCAUUUUACAGCAUUACACUAUGGAUUAUUCUUGGUGUGAUGACAUUUCCAUGUUGUGUCCAAUGCCUGAUUUUCAAAGUAGGUGUCUUGGGACCUUGGAGCUGUGACCCUUAUUACGCAAAAUCACUUCCUGCCAUUGCGUCCAAACUGGCUGUUGACCGCAUAAACAAGGAUUUUAGUUUAGAACUGGGCUGCACAAUGGACUUUUUCAUCCUUCAAGAGGCUUGUGAGACAUCCAAAGCCUUGAUCUCAUUUGUACAAUAUGAGAACAUGAUUGAUGCAUUCAUAGGCCCUACAAAUCCAGGAUACUGCAAUGCUGCGGCUCUCAUGGGCAAGAAUUGGGACAAGUCUAUAUUUUCAUGGGCGUGUAUUAACUAUGAGUUAGACCGAGUCCAGGGAUACCCAACAUUUGCUCGAACUUUACCAUCCCCGACACGGGUGCUUUUCAGUGUACUAAAGUUUUUCAGUUUGGCUAACAUAGCCAUCGUGUCUUCUAAUGAGGAUAUAUGGAUCGACACAGCUGCCAAAUUGGCUAGUGCUCUCAGAAACCAGGGACUUCCCGUUGGCAUCGUUGUGUCCAUGGGGAAUAAUGAUACCAUGCUGGAGAACACGUUGCUGAACAUACGAAACGCAGGGGAGAUAAAAGUCAUCAUUAUGUGCAUGCACUCAGCACUCAUUGGAGGAGAGCAACAAAGUUCAUUCCUGAUGAAGGCCUAUGACAUGGGCUUGACGAAGGGUCAGUAUGUGUUUAUACCAUACGACACUCUUCUGUACAGCCUGCCCUACACCAACACCACCUACUUCCCACUGCAAAACAACACCAAACUGCGCAAAGCCUAUGACGCUGUACUCACCAUCACUAUAGAAUCAGAUCUGAUGUCAUUCAACGAAGCAUACAAUAUGGCCAGACAACUUGGAGAACUGAUGGUGUCACAAGAGCCAGAGCAGGUCUCUCCGCUCUUUGGUACAAUUUACAACAGUUUGUACCUCCUUGCUAAGUCCAUGCACAAUGCCAGAAGAGCGGGUAAGUGGUUCUCCGGGUCCAACCUGGCUUCCUUCACGAGGAACAUUACAUUUUCCGGGUUCAACCAAAAUAUCCGCACCGAUUCCCAAGGGAAUGGGCAAACUGACUAUGUGAUCUUAGACACUGAUGGCUGGGGAUCUGAACUGUAUCGCUGCUUUUAUGUGAACCUGACGUUAGACAAGGUGCUAUUCGCUGGCACGUACAUUCAUUUCCCUGCAGGUUCACCUCCACCUUCAGACUCCAGCUGCUGGUUUGACCCCAAUGCCAUCUGCACAGGAGGUGUGGAAAUUCUAUAUGUCAUCAUAGCAUUUGUGAUUGUCCUCAUUAUGGUUCUUGGCUCUAUUGGUCUAAGUCUAUUCAUAAGGAGGCGAAUCCAACAAAUCCAGCUGAUCAAAGGGCCCAACAGAAUCCUGCUUACACUUGAGGACCUGACCUUCAUCAACCCUCAGCUGAGUAACAGAAAAAUCACUCUUGAAGAUCUUUGUGAUUCAAAAAGUUACAUUGAGGAGAAGAGCACAGGUGAACGUUCCCAAUCUGUGAAUAGCAUGGCAACAGCAACACAUGAAACUUCAAAUGUGGCUGUCUAUGAGGGCGACUGGGUGUGGCUAAAAAAGUUUAAGGAGGGAGAUUUCAAGGAGGUUAAACAAAGCACCACUAAGAUCUUCACCAAGAUGAAGGACCUACGGAAUGAAAAUGUCAAUCCAUUUUUGGGGUUCUUCAGUGAUUGUGAGACGUUUGCCAUUGUGACCGAACACUGUUCUAGGGGGAGUCUUCAUGAUCUCCUUCGUAAUGAAGAUGUCAAACUGGACUGGAUGUUUAAAUCCUCCUUAUUGCUGGAUCUCAUCAAGGGCAUGAAAUAUCUUCACCACAGGGAAUUUCCUCAUGGGCACCUGAAGUCUCGUAAUUGUGUAGUAGAUGGACGUUUUGUCUUAAAGAUCACUGAUUACGGUUACAAUGAGAUUCUUGAGACCCAGAAAGCUCCAAAGGAGACUCCACCUCCAGAGGAUCUAUUCUGGACAGCUCCUGAAUUUCUCAGAGACCAUGAAAAUCCACGGAAAGGAACUUAUAAAGGAGAUGUGUACAGUUUUGCAAUUAUACUUCAAGAAGUAGUUGUCAGAGGAGCGCCGUACUGCAUGCUCUGCUUGUCUCCUGAAGAGAUAAUAAGGAAGGUGAAGAAACCUCCGCCUAUGUGCAGGCCCACUGUAGCUCCAGAUCAAGCUCCACUGGAAUGCAUCCAGUUAAUGAAGCAGUGCUGGAGUGAGCUACCUGAUAGAAGGCCUCCUUUUGAUCAGAUCUUUGAUCAGUUCAAGCUCAUUAACAAGGGCAAAAAGACCAAUAUUAUUGACUCCAUGUUGCGUAUGCUGGAGCAGUACUCCUCUAACCUGGAGGACCUUAUCAGGGAAAGAACGGAGGAGCUGGAGGUAGAGAAGCAGAGGACGGAGAAGCUUCUGGCUGAAAUGCUUCCUCCUUCUGUGGCAGAAGCUCUGAAAACUGGUGCCUCCGUUGAGCCAGAGUACUUUGAUCAAGUCACCAUCUACUUCAGUGACAUUGUAGGCUUCACCACCAUCUCAUCCCUUAGUGAUCCAAUUGAGGUUGUGGACUUGCUCAAUGACCUUUACACCCUAUUUGAUGCCGUCUUGGGCAGCCAUGAUGUCUACAAGGUUGAAACCAUCGGAGAUGCCUACAUGGUGGCCUCUGGGCUGCCGAAGAGGAACGGCAACAAGCAUGCAGCCGAAAUCGCCAACAUGUCCUUGAACAUUCUCAGCUCCGUGGGCACCUUCAAGAUGCGGCACAUGCCAGAUGUUCCAGUAAGGAUACGGAUAGGCAUUCACUCAGGGUCGUGUGUUGCUGGAGUUGUGGGUCUAACUAUGCCUAGAUACUGCCUUUUUGGAGACACAGUCAACACCGCCUCUCGUAUGGAAUCUACAGGGUUGCCUUACAGAAUUCAUGUGAACAUUAGUACAGUGAAUAUUCUCCGCUCAUUGAACGAUGGCUACCAAAUAGAAGUUCGAGGAAAGACUGAGCUAAAGGGGAAAGGCAUUGAGGAAACAUACUGGCUUGUUGGGAAAUCUAAUUUUACUAAGCCUUUGCCAAAACCACCAGAGAUCAAACCAGGAGUUAACUGGCAAGACAUGGUGACGGAGGAGAUCAAGUCACUAUUUCGCAAGGCCAAUAGACAAGUGGACAAGCCCAAAAUCUGAGAAGCACAAGGAAGGAUGCUAAAAUGGACAAAGAAGAAAAUAUACAUGACAAGUUGCACGGGAGAGAAACAGAGGACAACACAAGCAUGUGUAUUUCACUGCAGCUUACAAAGACUACUUUAAUAGGAUUGGUUGUCGUCUGUCUAAUCCGACUCUGCCCAGCUCAGCAGAAACAACAGCGCUAAUGAAAUGGCAGCUAAGGAACAAGUAGUCAGUGAAAGUGUAUUUCUUUCCCAGUCUAACACUGUCACACUUACUCUGUUUUGCCCACAGAGUACUCAUGGUGGAGCUUUAAUAGAUUUUCUUUGAUCUUCUCUGACCAAAAAAGCAAUGUAGUGACAUAAUCAGAUUUGGCGAGGCUUAGUGGACAUCUGCUGCAAUGACCAAAUGGGAUAUUCUAGCAUCCUUUAUAAAAGCCAAAUUGAUUGAGGAUGGUGAUAGCAAACCAUUACAAAUGUAAGGCUGCUGUACGUUGUCUCUGGACUCAAUAAAUCAUGAAAUAUGACUGUUUUAAUGCUGAGUAAGGAGUUGCUUAAGAGAAAUUACAAAAAGGAAUGCAAUAACUGUGAAUUCUGUUCGUUUAUGCAAAAAUAUUUAUUUAUACUGUGCAGAAUGUUUUAUUAGUUGUACCUUGCAAUACAUUUAGAAAAUUAUUUAUUUAAAAACAUUCAAUUACAUCUAAAAUCAGACUAAUCAGUUUAAUAAAGGGUCCAUCCAGUCUCUCUCUGACAAAGCACAUGUGCUUGUGGAUAUAAUGAAAUGUUUAAGAUGCUGUGCAGUUUAAGUUGUAUUACACAUGUAGGCUGGGUUUGUUUGAGAGGGAUUGACUGCCUUAUAUAAGUGGUUUAUGAUAAAUUGCAUUUUCUGUUAAAUCAGAAUUCAGCUAAAUCAAACCUACCAGGCACAGCCUGAGCGGCAUUUUUAAUUAUAAUUUUUCAGACUGAUCUCAUUUUCUGGGAGUCAGUGUCAAGGCCAGUCAGAUCUCAAAAGGCCUCUUUGUAAUAGUUCAGUUUUUGCACUCCUGUCAUUUUUUAAUUGUCUGUUAAACAUGUAUAUGAAUACUGUACAAUAUUAUGAAAUGUAACAAUUAUGAGUAGCUAAUUGUAUGGAUAAAGAUAGCAUUAGUAGGAGACUUUAAACAUUCAAUUUCAUGCUAGCAAAGACAAUGUUGUUCUGAUGUUCUGUACAGACAAUAACAUACUUAGCUGAAAAAGU